GACGUCACAUGGAAAAUGCAACCUGCAGUAGCUGCUUCACUACCAAUCACACAACAUUAACAAACCCAGACAGUGCAUGCUAAUACAGCGUGCUACAGACCUCGAAUUUCAUUAAUUUUACAUCCGCAAUGUCAAAUCUGUAAGAAACACAGGCAAAAUUCAUAGACUGUGCCAAACGGGAAACAACAUUACGGUCAAAUACAGUCAUCGUGGCCUCUUCCUGACUCCAGCUCGGAGGCUGUUUUGGGCUGAAAACCAGCGGCAGCAGGGUCUUCCGAGGCUAGCGUCGGGCUAGCCAGCUAGCUAGCUAGCUACUAAAGUCGCUCACGGUAGUUGGCUAGCUGGCGAGCUGUGGUUACUUACGUCAUGGAUGAACAAGUCGUUGAAGUGAGGGGAACAAGUGGGGCAUUUUACAAGGCCUUUGUGAAGGAUGUUCAUGAAGGAUCCGUCACUGUGGCAUUUGAAAACAACUGGCAACCAGAACGUCAGAUCCCUUUCCAGGAUGUGCGUUUUCCUCCUCCAACAGGGUUCUGCAAGGAAAUAAACGAAAGUGAUGAGGUCGAGGUGUAUUCCAGGGCUAACGACAAGGAGCCAUGUGGCUGGUGGCUGGCCAAGGUCCGCAUGGUCAAAGGAGAGUUUUAUGUCAUAGAGUAUGCUGCAUGUGAUGCUACAUUAAACGAGAUAGUGACGCUGGAGCGGUUACGGCCAGUCAACCCAAAUAAACCAGCCAACAAAAACACCUUCAUCAAGAUCAGACUGGAUGUACCAGAGGAUCUACGACAGAUGUGCUCCAAGGAAUCGGCACACAAAGACUUUAAAAAGGCUGUGGGCGCAUUCAGUGUCACCUACGACUCCGAGAAAAAGCAGCUGGUCAUUUUGUCUGUGAACGAGGUCACAACAAAGCGGGCCAAUAUGAUGAGUGACAUGCACUUCAGAAGCCUUCGUACCAAAUUGUCUCUCAUGCUGAGGAACGAAGAGGCCAGCAGACAACUGGAGAGCUCAAGGCAGCUGGCGUCACGGUUUCAUGAACAGUUUGUGGUUCGGGAUGAUCUGAUGGGUCUAGCCAUCGGGACUCAUGGGGCCAACAUUCAGCAAGCGAGAAAAGUCCCUGGAGUUACUAACAUAGACCUGGAUGAGGAGACCUGCACCUUCCACAUAUAUGGAGAGGAUCAGGAGGCUGUCCGUAUGGCCAGGAGCUACCUGGAGUUCUCUGAAGACGUCAUCAAAGUUCCCCGGAACUUAGUAGGGAAGGUGAUAGGCAAAAAUGGCAAACUGAUCCAGGAAGUGGUUGAUAAAUCUGGUGUGGUGCGUGUUCGUAUUGAGCCUGAGAGUGAUAAAAAGCCCCUGGCAGCUGCAGGUGCGGCUGCAGGUGCGGGAAUGGUUCCAUUUGUGUUCGUUGGGACAAAGGAGAGCAUCACCAAUGCCACUGUCCUGCUGGACUAUCACCUGAACUAUCUAAAGGAGGUGGAUCAGCUUCGUCUGGAGCGCCUUCAGAUUGACGAGCAGCUCAGGCAGAUAGGAGGAGGAGGAGGUGGAGGAGGAGGGACAGGACCUCGGAACCUCAAAGACAAGACCUACGUGUUUGAUAAUGGCAUGGGGGGGCUGGGGAGUGGUAGAGGAGCUGGAGGAGGAGGGAAGCCCUAUGCAGGAGGAGGAGGAAGAGGAGGCCGUGGGCGAAGAGGCGGUGGUGCAGCUUUUGCCUCAGGCACCAAUUCAGAGGCGUCUAAUGCAUCAGAGACCGAGUCCGACCACAGAGAGGAGCUCAGUGAUUGGUCGCUAGCCCCCACCGAGGAGCUAAUGACCGGAGGCGGGACACUGCCAAGACGAACAGACGGGAGAAGGAGAGGGGGCGGAGGAGGGCCGCGAGGCAGAGGGGGGAGAGGAAGAGGAGGCGGAGGUUAUAAAGGUGAUGACAUCCAGUGGAGCGACCCGAGACCUCGUCAAGUUAGAGACUCCAAGCCAAGAGGGCCGGAAGACACACUACAGAUCCGCGUGGACGGUAACAAUGAGCGCAGCGUGCAGCACUCCUCAGGAGGCCGAGGAGGAGGUCCCAACUCAUCCCAGGCUGGCAUCAGUGCUGGCAGCGAGGGCCCAUCUCGCCAUCACCAUCAGAGACCCGUCAGGGACCGAGGGAUGAAGAAGGAAAAACAGGACGCUCCUCCGCUGGUGAAUGGAGUGUCGUAGAAACACCACUGGAGGACCUUCUCACUCAGAGAACCACACUCAGAAACACACACGCGACCAACCCCGUCGUAAACCAUCAUCGAGUCUCUUUGGCUUUUUUCUUUCUCUUGUUGUCAAACACGCAGGUACACAUAUUUUUCAUCAGCAUGGAAGAGUUCACCUCUGUGAAGCUGUAGACCGGAGGUGAUCUGGUUUCUGUUUGGUCUGCUUUGUUGACUUCUGAGUGGCCUGGACUGGAUUUCUUCUUGACCCGGUCUGGUUUCUCCUGUUCUUCUCUUGAUUCAAAACUAAAAAAAAAAAAGUACCACUUUGGUUAAAAAAAAGUAGACUACAGCUCAUCACUCACAGAGGCAUAACGUAAAACGUGCUCCCCUAUCCAUUAAAGGCUAAACUUUGUUUAUUUGUUGUUUUUUUUCAUUGACCUGAAAUUUCUCACAUCAAAAUAAAAUCAAACAAAUCAAGGAAAUCAUACUGUGACGAGGAAACAAGAACCCACGGCCCUUCCAGAAAAGGAUUUGAAUUAAAGAAGAGAAAAUAACUUGAUGCACUCAUAUUAUAGCUAACGUCAAAAAACGUGAGCAGGAUGAAAUGUGCCACUCCCACGGCACACUUUGACUGUGUGUCGGCUGGAGAUGUUUACUGCCCCCCCAACACUUGGCAAUCGUAACAGAACAUUGCUGAGAAGAAAGUCCAUUCAGCAACUUCCAGGUGCUUUUCCAGAGAGACUUUGAAACUUUCUUGAUUCAUUCCAAAACCCCUUUUUUCAGAAGUUGCAGAUGUGUUUUGGUGUCACCUUGAGACGUUGGGGGGUGGGGGUGGGGGCGGGGGGGGACCCGGAUCCUCCAGACUAAGAGAAGAUGUUUUCAGCACUUAGCUUUUUCCUCUUUCUUUUGUUUUUUAAGAUAGUUCUUCUAGCCCUGAUCAUUGUGUCUAAAUCCUAAUUGCCUUUGGGAUCAGCAAAGAGGAGAGAGUUUCAAUGUUGCAGAUCGAAAUGCACACAGGUAUGCAAAGGCAAUGAAUUUUUCAACAAGUACUUGUUCCAUCAUUGAUGUCAUCUGUGUUUUGUUAACUCAGUUAUGUAGAAUUUCAGUCUCCCCGACUGUGUGACCAAGCUUUCAUUCAGCAACAUACUAGACCAAUGUGGAGACAUAAAUCUAAGGCACAGCAGAGGGAAAGAUACCCACUACUCAGACACUCCAACGGGCUACAAAAUGUCAGUUACCAGGGUUCCUUUUCAAAUGAAUUACUUUUCAUUAGGGCCCGACCGAUAUGGGAUCUUUGGGGCCGAUAGCCAUGUUGAUAUCGAGGAGUUAAAAAACCUGAUAUAGAUGUAUCGGCUGACAUCUUUCUUAGAUCUGUAGAGAUCGAAAGACAUAGAUGUACACGUUUAUUGUGUAAAUCCUUCAAAUGCAAUUAUCAAAUACUUGUGGAAAAGAUGUAAAAUAAACACAAGAUGGUCACUUAACUGGAGAGUAACCAUAUAUGUGCAUCACUGCUUGACACUCUGGAGAGUGAUGAUGCUUGUUGUAGUCCAUAUAGCGCACUCUGCUGGUGACAACUAGAAAGAGAGCUACUAGUUGAAUACAAUGAUACUCAAAUUAAAUGCUAUUUGAUUGAUGAAUAAAUCUAGUAAUAUCAGUGCAUACAUGCGAUAAGAUUAGCCGAUACCGAUAUUCACUGGAUAUUCUCAUAUCGGCCGAUAUUAUCGGCUGGCUAAUUAAUCGGUCGGGCUCUACUUUUCAUGUGAUCAGCUGACUAAGACAACAGUCCCUGUGAAUUCACUUUAAAUUGUCUUCUGUAUGUGAGCACUGAUGAAACAGGGACCAUUUAGCCCCCACAGACUCCGACCCCUUGUUGUAUUGAGAACCUGCAGCACAGACCUCAGAGGGGCUGGUGGGAUAGGAAACAGCCUAAAUGUCUUCUCCAAGCUGACCGAGAAAGUUACUGUAAACAUGUUUGAAGUUAGGCUGCAUGAGGAUUAUACAGAAAGAAGAUUCAAUUGUUUUUAUUUAUGGAUUCAUUCCUCGCGAGCUUCUUCUGUCCAGGGUGAAACUGUGAACACGGAUCAAUUGCAGUCAUACGUGACUCCUUUUAAAUAUUUUCUUCAGAACACAUAUGAGGCAGCAGCAUUAUUCCUGCUUCAAACAUAUCUGUGCUGACACGGAUGAGUAGUUUACAUCAGUAACGCUCUACGGAUUGGCAUCCACAAUUAUGGGAAUCAAACAAACACAAAAAAGAGAAGAGAAGCUACUGUAAAUGUGAAUAAUUCAUACCAUGUAGCACCGCUAAAGGAAUAAUCAAUUCAGUAUAAGAUGUCUAGAACACAGAUUCAGACUUUAUAUUCCCAAACAGUGUACAGUCAUUAAAUAAACAGUCAUCAAUAAAACUUUGUUGUACAGAGAAUCCAAGCUGUUGUGAUACAUAUGUUCUGAUAUACAGUAUGUUUGUAGUACCCUUCUGCACUGGCUCUCCUUUUUAUACAGGGAGGGGCUUAUUUUUCAAUAUCUCCUUGGAAACGGCCGGUUAAAAGAAUCCCCCACUAGACUGAUGGGAGCCUUUUGAAGUCUCUACUGGGGGGUUUCACACCGAGAAGGCUUAGCCUGUGAUCUGGACUUUUCUUUGCUUGAUUAGAUCGACAUCUGUUCUACAUCUUAAUGAGUACAGUGACAUUUCGCUUCUCAGACAAACUUGAUGAGGUUGAAAGAUUAAGGCAGCAUCAUCAUGAAUGUAGUUGGGUGAUCACAGAAGCUUUUCUUUAAUUUAUACAAACUUUUUGUACUUCACUGUUUUUUUUUUUGCAGCUAGAGAACCUGUUUGAAGUGUUGUAGAAGAAACGUUUCACCGACGUAUACCUUUACUAAAUAAACCUUUGCUCUCAGCUUUUCUCUUCCUGGUUUUCAAACUGAUGUGGGGCUGAUAAGCCUUCUUAUCUAACUGUUGUCAUUCAUCUUAUAUUGUUCUUUUCUCUUGGCUAUUUUUGUGUAAAUAGAGAGGAGGGUCUCUGACUUUGAGUCACAAUAAAUUGUUAUCUUUGAAACCAUAAA